AUGGUUGAAGUAAAAUUAUGCAUUAUAAAAUUAGACGGUAUCUGUGAAUAUCGUCGAAUAGUCAUUCCACUUUUAACAUCUGCUACAGAUAUUUUAUCAAUAUUACGUGAGAAACUUUCACAAUUUUUUCCGGAACUAAUGUCUUCAACAAGUGGAAUUCAUCUUGAAUUCCAAUAUGAAGAUGAUAUUCGUGGUCUUGUAUUGGCAACAGCAUUUGAAGGAAUAAAUGAAGCUGCACGUGACCAAGCAUCACGUCAACAACUUCUUCGAGUUUUUGUUAAAUUUAUAAAAGAUGAUCUUCCUCCAAUAAAAUUACUUCCACCAAAACAUGUUGGCGUUAUUUGUGAUGGAUGUAAUCGUUCACCAAUAAUUGGUAUUCGUUAUAAAUGUCUUGAAUGUUUUGAUUAUGAUUUAUGUGAAUCAUGUGCUGAUCGACAAUUAGUUCAUGCUCAUCAUGUUAUGGCUAAAAUUCGAACACCUCAUCAGAUUGAUGUUGUUCGAAAACUUUGUUCAUCGGCACGAUCAAAUUUAAAUAAUAAACAACGAAUAACUGUUUUACCUGAAUUAAUUAUAAAUCAACCAACCGAUAUUGAAAAACAAAAAUAUUAUAAUUCCAUUGAAACACAAACAACAAUUUUUGAAGAAUAUCCAAAAGAUAAAGAAGAGAAUAUUGCUGAUGACAUUGAAAUAAUUCCAGCUAAUGUUCUUCAUGAUGAUUUUGUUCAAUUAGAUUUAAAUGAUUGUAAUGAAGAACAAUAUAAGAUUGUUCAACAGUGA